CUUUUAGGAAUAUGGAACGCGCUAUGUGAGUUAUAAGACACCCCCUUUGAAAGAAACGCAUCGAUGAAUUGUAGAUGAUAUAUGGGAAUGCCAGCUUACUCAUUUUUUUCUUUCCAAAAAACCCCUUCAUCAAGACAUUGUAUUUUUUUCACUCUUCGAAGUUCCCUUCUUAGUUCCCUUCUUGAAGCUACCAAUUGAGUUUCUUUCUCUCCAAGAAGCACUUGUAUUCCGCUGGAACAACCCCCGAUAUUCAUUCAUUUCAUUCCAAUUGGGUUUGUCUAUAGAAGAGAAGCAAGAACAGACUUACAAUGUCAUACCACUCUCGACAGCCAAGUGUGGCAUCAUCGCUUCUAUCGUCGAUGACGUUCAACAACAACACAUCACAGAUUAACAAGAUAGGGCCAUGGCGUCUUGGGAAGACGCUGGGUGCUGGUUCCACUGGCCGUGUCCUACUGGCAGAGAACGUGAACUCCGGCCAAAGGGCAGCUGUUAAAGUGAUCUCCAAGAGCGUUCUGAACUCGUUGGAACAGGCUGAUGACAAGGGACGCGAUGCUGCUGGUUUGGCGUACGGAAUCGAAAGAGAGAUAAUCAUCAUGAAGCUUCUCAACCAUCCAAACGUGCUGAGACUGUACGACGUUUGGGAGACCUCGAAGUCGUUGUACUUGAUCUUGGAGUACGUCGAAGGUGGUGAGUUGUUCGACUUGCUCGUUGAAAGGGGCCCGCUGGGCGAAGAGGAGGCUGUGCGCUACUUCAGACAGAUUAUCAUGGGUGCAUCCUACUGCCAUGCCCUGGGUAUCUGUCACAGAGAUUUGAAACCGGAGAACUUGUUGCUGGACCACGAUCUCAACGUCAAAUUGGCUGACUUUGGCAUGGCUGCUUUGGAGAACAACGAUAGACUGCUAGAGACGAGUUGUGGCUCGCCUCACUACGCUGCACCUGAGAUUGUUUCCGGUAAGAGAUACCAUGGGUUUGAAAGCGAUGUGUGGUCGUGCGGUGUUAUUCUCUUUGCCCUGCUAACAGGAAGAUUGCCAUUUGACGACGAGAACAUUAGAAGCUUGUUGUUAAAGGUGCAAAGUGGUGUUUUCGAGAUGCCAACAGAGCUAUCAAAGGAGGCUCAGGAUUUGAUCUCAAAGAUGCUGUGUAUCAAUCCGGAUAACAGAAUCAAGACCCAUAAAGUGUUAGAACAUCCAUUGCUGCAGAAGUACCCAAUCUCUCCUGUUGACUCGAAGACCAUGAAGGAAUUGCCUAAUCCAAACAGCUAUCUCAACCAGAUUGCUAGACGUGAGGAUAUCGAUGAGUCGAUCCUGCGUAACCUGGUUAUCCUAUGGCAUGGUAGAGACAAGUCUGAGAUCAUUGACAACCUGUUGACACCGGAAUCCACCACGGAGAAGAUCUUCUACUUCCUCUUGCUCCGUUAUAGACACAACCAGUCGAAUUCGUCACUGAUCAGAUCGUUGUCCAUUGCAAAGUCAGUGACUAACAACAACCUCAGAAAUAGCGUUACUGCUUCCUCUUCAACGUCGUUCAAGUCGAAGAAGAACAGACGUUCGCUGAUCUCUGCGUCCUCAUCGCAUAGAAAGUCUGUAUCUUUCAACAACAAGCGCAAAUCUUUGACGGACUCUCCGAAACGUCAAUCUCCAAAGCGUCAAUCCGUUGGUCCUUUCACUGACGAGAAUCAACCUCCUGUUCCACGUCAUGUCUAUGAAGCUGCUACGGGUGCUUCCACGGGUGCUGCUGCUGUUUCUACUGCCGGUGCCACCUCCAACAGUAAGAGACGUUCCGUGAGAGCUUCAUUGCUUCCAAACAAACGUUCCUCCAUCACUACAAAGCUGAUCUCUGUGUAUUCGAAGCUGGCCAAUGAUAACGAAUGGGUUUACAUUGACCAAGAAGCUAAAAGGGCCAGCUCGGAUUUCGCUACACUCUGUGAUGAGAUCUUCGAACACGAGAAGUACGAACAGAUGAGACUGGAACAAGCUAAACGUCAAGCUGAACUGGAAGCCAAGCGAGAACAAGAGAGGCUGGAACAGCUGAGAAUUGAGGAGGAAGAGAGAGCGAUCAGAGAACACGAAAGAGCUGAGAUUGAUGCUAGAACGGAAGCUGAGGCCAAGAGAAGAGCUGAAGCUGAGGCUGAAGCCAAGCUUGUCUCACAGAGUGAUGAAAACGAUAAGUAUGAUCAUGAACCAAAGCUCGAAAACGCAAAGCUUCGUUCCACUUCUGGCCCUCAAUCUAGAGCUUCGCAGUUGCUUGAUCGUGAUGAGAUUCUCAAGAUUCAGAAGCGUGCUACUACUAAUCCGUUCCAGACAAGACCAAAGUCUAAGCUGGAUCCGGGCCUCAACUUCAACGCAGAGGAUUGGAGACAGUCAAAGGUGCUCUAUGACGAGAAUGACUUUGUUACACAGGCAAUCCGUAGGUCUAAGUUCCUCGGUUCCAAAUAUGAUCUGAGCAUAAAACGUGCUUCUAUCAUCAAGAAGAACCAGGACUUUGAUUUUAACCAUCCUUCUGGUGAACCUGACGCUUCGCAGCCUGAUGCCCUUGUUGAAGGCGUACAAUGGGAUGGACCAAAGACGAUAGCAGACGUUAAGAUUCCACAAGUUACCAGAAAAUCUAGGCUCUAUUCUUCCUCCAAUAAGAGAUUGAGUGUGUUGUCUAUCUACUCUACAAAGGCCUCAUAUAAAGAUCUUGCUUCGAAGUUACAUAAUUUACAAGAAGCUGAGGCCUCAAGAGGUGUUGUCGAUGCUCCACCUCUGAAGGAAACUAUCAGAGAGGAGAUCAGAGAAGAGACUGCUGAAACUAAACCAGCUGCUGUUGAGUCUGAGGAAUCUACUGCUUCUAAAGGUUUGAGAAUGAGCUUUGCUGAUAGAUUGACUGCAUUGGAGAGCAAUGACGAAGGCACUAGUUCAGAACCAAAAGAUGGGGCUCCGGUUGUUGUUGUGGAAGUUGAUGAUCCUGUUGACGGUCAGAAGAAGAACAUUGACCUCCCAACAUUGCCAGACCUUGAUGAUAGCUCUCUCGGGCAAAAGAUUUCUGCUGCAGACAAGAAGGCUGGUACGUUGAAGAAGUCACCAUUGCCGACUCCGAAGCAGAGAUUUGAGCUAUACAAAGAUUCUUCCGAUGAACAGCCAGUUGACUCUGAUGCUCCACCAUUACCAUUGCCUAAAGCACCAAGAACUUCAACGAAAGAUAAGAAGCCGUUGGAUGAUAUCACCAAGGAUGAGAACAAGCGCAAUGUCAGUGGUGGUUCUUUCUUUAGAAAGUGGUCAAAGGGUAAGAAAGAGAUGGAUGAAUUGGACAGAAGAGGUGGUUCGUCGUUCUUCCGCAUAUUCAGCUCUGGCUCUUCCAAGCCAAUGAAGAAGACUUUGAACACUGUUUAUGAUCCAAGCGAGAUGUAUAUGACUUUGAAGAGACUUCUCAACGGCUGGUCUGAUUACGGACUGGGAAGACUAUCAAACAACGAUACUGAACUGACCAUAAGUGGUGAGAUCACCAAGAACAACGUCAUUGGUGUCAAUCGUGCACAAUUCAAGGUGUACGUUGAAAAACAUGGCAAGAAAGGCUCCAAGGUUACCUUCAAUAAAGUGAAGGGUUCUUCAAAGACGUUCAAGACGCUUGUUGACGAAAUUGAACGCAUCAUGGCAAGAGAGAACGUACUGGCGUUCAGCGCAUGAGACACGACAAGUUCUGUACAUUAGAGAUAUGGGUUCUGCGUUAUACCCUGUAUAUUAGAUUUGUUUAAAGACUCUUAAUUUUGAAUUAAUUUUAUAUCGUACAAA